AUGUCUCAUCAAGGUGAAACUAUUGUUAUCGUUGGCGCUGGUGUCAUAGGACUAUCCACGGCCCUUCGCAUCCAAGAACAAACUCUUACACAACAAAGCCCACCGUCUAUCGUCAUUGUCGCACGAGACUUCCCCAACGAGACGUCCAUCAACUACGCUACACCAUGGGCCGGCGCACAUUAUCGACCAUGCCCAGGGAACACUCCCCAGCUACUCCAAGAAGCGGUAUGGGCGAAGAAGACAUAUGAUACUCUUGACAGUUGGUCUGAGAAAGACAAACUCGCCGCUGGUGUUGAAUUCAUGCCAGGAGAAGAGUUUUUCGAAAAUCCAGCGCCUGAAUAUGUCGAUGCCACUAAGGAUGUAUCAAAAUCGGUCUAUGCUCACCUCGAAUCGAGCUUUGAGUUAUUAAGUAGCAAAGAGGUUUUCUCGAUUGAAGUUUCUGUGUCUGUUGUGAUCAACUGCUCGGGCAUGGGCUUCGGCGAUCCGAAAGUAUUCCCCAUCCGUGGCCAGACAUGUCUUGUGAGGAAUCCAAUUUUCAAGACAAUAACACGCCAGAACUCGGAUGGGUCUUGGUCAUUCGCUAUCCCUCGACCCUCAGAAGGCGGCACUAUCAUUGGAGGCACCAAAGAGCCCAACAAUUGGAACCCCUAUCCUUCAGCUGAGACAAGACAGACUCUCUUGUCCAAUGCAGCAAAGUGGUUCCCUUUCAACAGCGAAGGUCCUGUAUCUGUAAACAGCAAGGAGUCCGAUCGCUUCGAUGUUGUCAGGGACAUCGUUGGUCGUCGGCCAGCGCGUGAAGGCGGCCUUCGCCUGGAACUGGAACAUCUCAAACCAGGUGUCGUUGUUCAUGCGUAUGGUAUUGGUGGUAGAGGUCUUGAGCUAUCAUGGGGCAUCGCAGACGAUGUGAUUUCUUUGGUCCAAAAGCAAGGCUAUUUCUCCUCACGAGCGCGUUUAUAG